GACCGCGAUGGCGCAGUCGCGCAAUCCGUUUCCCUAUCGCGGUCGUUAUUUUCGUCCAGAUAACCAUGUUUAAUGGCCGUCCGGUUACCGACUCCCGACGUAUUAUCAGGACUUAGGCGGAUAAUGUAAAUCUGAAAUCAUUCCGAUUGUUUUCUAUUUUGUAAUGCGAGUAAUACAUUUUAGAGGUACAUCUCUGUAGCAUAACAGAAAAGAGUUAAGAGAUUAAUAUUUCCGAACUAAAGGAUCUUGCGAUAACGCUUUGUACUCGUUAAGCUCGUACGAUUAUUAUCCAAGUUCCAUUAUUAUUAUUUACGAAUCAUGAUAAGAAUAAUAUUAACUUAUAUAAUUUGUUUGUAUAUUACUCGAUUAAUUUUAACUAUCUUUUUUCUCUGACACAAUAGUGUUAGUAUCAUUUCGAGCUCGAUUUAUUGCCUUUCUUUAUUCAUAUCGGUUACAUACUUACAUGACAUUAUUAUGAUUGUUUACUACUGCCGCGAGCGAUCAGAAGACCACUGAUUGAACCAAUUUUAUCUUUAUAUUAUAAUAAUAUGUUCUACACACAAAAAAUCAAAAAAUUAAUUAUAAGUUAACCUACGUAUUACAGAUAUGCUUUAAUUGUUGCAGAUUUAUCGUUUGUUUUUAUUGAAACUUAAAAGUUAUCAUUCAUUAUGUCAACUCCUGCCAGGCGUAGAUUAAUGCGAGACUUUAAAAAAUUACAAGAAGAUCCACCUGCAGGUAUCAGUGGCACACCAACUGAUAACAACAUCAUGCUAUGGAAAGCUGUGAUAUUUGGACCUCAUGAUACUCCAUUUGAAGAUGGCACAUUUAAAUUGACAAUAGAAUUCACUGAAGAGUAUCCUAAUAAACCACCAACAGUUAGAUUUGUUUCAAAAAUGUUUCAUCCAAAUGUUUAUGCGGAUGGAGGAAUUUGUCUUGAUAUAUUACAGAACCGUUGGAGCCCCACUUAUGAUGUAGCUGCUAUUUUGACAUCCAUACAAUCACUUCUUAGUGAUCCGAAUCCUAAUUCACCAGCUAAUUCUAUGGCUGCCCAAUUGUAUAAAGAGAAUCGCAGAGAAUAUGAGAAACGUGUAAAAAUGUGUGUGGAACAAAGUUUUAUUGAUUAGAAUUCAUUAAUUAUUCUUUAAGUCAUACAUAAAAAAAAUACUGUGUGUUACUAGUUCUUUUAAGCUUCAUAAUUGAAUUUUUAUCACAAUUAUUGCUAUUAUUCCAAUACAUCAAAAUAAUAAUUUCAUAUUGAUUUUUUUUUUUUUCAUAAUUGUAUGUUUAUUGAGUUAUUUUUAAAGGUUUAUAUUAUUUUAAGUAUGUUGACACUAGUGAAGAUAAAAUAUUAUAAUUAAUUUUAAUGUUUUGUAAUGAUUAACUUUAUAAUCAUAGCUUUUAUUCCAGAAACAUUUUUUUAAUUGUAAGUUAUUUUGCAUUUUGAAUUUGUAUAUUUUUUCUAUUUACUUUUAUAAGUUAAACUUUAUAUCAAAAUGUAUUUAUGUACUUUUUUUGCUUGUAUUAUUGUAAAAUGUAUUAUUAUUUUUUUUAUUUACUAUAUAUUUAUAGAGUACAUGACCGAGUUAAAUGCAUAAUAUUGAUGAUCAUCUAAACAGUUUGAGUAUUGUAGUAUUACAGAGAAUAUUAUAUAUACUUGAAGUAAUAUUAAAAUAGCUCAUUAUAUUAACAUAUUAUUGAUUUUAAAUAUCAGCAAAAUUGUAAUGUAUUUCAAUAAAUAUUUAAAUAUUGUAAAA